CAGCCAAAAUGAUUUCAUUGGGCUUUUCCCUCAGAAGCUUACAUUACAAAAAUAACAUGGUCUCUUCCAGUUCCAAGUGCUUUGGGAGCAGACAUGGCCAAGUCCAAGAACCAUACCACACACAACCAGUCCCCAAAAUGGCACAGAAAUGGCAUCAAGAAAGCCCGAUUGCAAAGAUAUGAAUCUCUUAAGGGGGUGGACCCCAAGUUCCUGAGGAACAUGGGCUUUGCCAAGAAGUGCAACAAGAAGGGCCUAAAGAAGAUGCAGGCCAACAAUGCCAAGGCCAUGAGUGCACAUGCUGAGGCUAUCAAGGCCCUCAUAAAGCCAAAGGAGAUUAAGCCCAAGAUGCCAAAGGGUGUCAGCUGCAAGCUCAAUCAAUUUGCCUACAUUACCCACCCCAAGCUUGGGAAGCGUGCUUGUGCCCACAUUGCCAAGGGGCUCAGGUUGUGUGGGCCAAAAGCCAAAGCCAAGGAUCAAACCAAGGCCCAGGCUGCAGCUCCAGCUUCAGUUUCAGUUCAGGCUCCCAAAGAUGCCCAGGCCCCUACAAAGACUUCAGAGUUGAGAUCUCUGUCUGCCAACGUGAGGACAGAAGGACUGGUGUGACCCACCCUGGGCUGCCAUCAGCAUGGGGCUGGUGUCUUCCUGUGCUAUUUGUAUAAAUAAGCCUGAGGCAGGAAAAUAAUAAUAAUAAUAAGGUUUUUUCCUCAAUUAAAAAUUUACAUUUCAAUAGUGAUUAUACUUUUUCAAAUUUUUACAUGCUGCCCCCAAAACACAGAUAUGUCUCCCUGGUAAUAGACUAAGAAUGAGUACUGCAGAUCAAUGCAUGGGACUCUACAGUUAGGGUGAAGUUAGUUCUCUUGUGGGCUACAAACUCCUAGAAGUAGAGCUCUUAGGAGUGUACAGACUGCUCAUAAAUCAGUUAGUCUAUUAUUGUAGCACUCAAUGGGCAUAAGUUU